AUGGCCAGUAACUCAGGCCAGGGUUCACGCAACCAGCUUCUUAACACUCAGUCUGGCACUCAACCACCUCCCGGGACUGCCGAUCUCCUCCACACGCUCAGUUUCCCGGCUCGCACCGUGGUCAAGAACACCUACAUUCCCAGAGCUGUCCCAGCCCGUCGAACUCCCAGUCCCACGUUCAGCGAUGCUUCUGUAGCUCUAGCGGACGAUCAUGGGUCGGGAAGCUUCAUGAGUCGACUCGUUCGCUCUCGCUCGCCUCUGGUGCGUGAUGGUUGGCAAUGGGACAACCCCUUCCGACUACCCGUGCGUAUGGCCCAUCAGGCAGCAUCGAUCUCAGCGAGGAUCAUUAGUCAGGUGCGACGAGGUGCUUGCUUCGCCCCGUCACUUCCUGUCGAGCUCCACGAUGCGAUCCUCAUCAUCGCUCGACACCCCGUUCGAAAGUCCGGCUCGUUCAAGACAGGAGACUUGCGCCUCGUGUGCAAGCAAUGGAACGAGCUUCACAAAAAGGACUUUUGGCGCAAGAAAUGGCUCCCUCUUCGCCCCGACAAUGCUUCGUGGGAGUCCAUCGGCGAGCGACUCAAGCUUCUGGCGAAGGACGCGGAAGUCAUUAAGAACGUCAAGAUCGAAGGCAGGGCAACGCAGGUCUUGCCCAUCACGCUCGAGGACGCGCUCCGCGCAUGUCCCGAGAUUGCCGACAUCCAACAUUGCCAAGUGCAACGAAUCCAGAUCGGCUUGCUAGACAGUCUGAGCGAGAUCCUCCUCAAGCAGAUCCUGCUUCACCGUCAAGACGGCAUUCGUCACUUUGGAUUCCGAUUUGACGAUACCAUCCUGUUCCUCGGACGGCGAUCGAUGUUUGUACGAUCCGAGCUUCUGCUGCCCGAGAUACGUCGUAUCACUGUCGACAUCAGUAGCGUUAGAGAAGCUCCAUCGCCGGAGGACGUACACCACAACAGCGCCGGACUCGUCUCGCUCUUCAUCGCCGAGCUGAUCGGGCGCGAGGACAGGACGGAUGCGAAACGGGUCGAGCUUCGGGUGUUUUGCAAGCCGGACCCUGUCAAUGGAACAAGACGUCCGCAGGUCACGCAGGCUCACAUCCUGCUUGCAGCUCAGAUCUACGACUUUACACGAGCCUUCCUGGAGAAGGUUGCCGGUCUCAAGCUUGUGGUCUCUUUCCAAGCACCCUUUCGAGCUCAGGUAGCGCACAACAGGAGGAUUCUCGACAUUUGGGGUCGCGAGAACGACAUCUCUUUGCUCAACACCUAG